AUGAGCACAACAAGGGACGCAACAAUAUCAGGCCUCCUAGUGGAUGAGCGCACUGACUACUACUCCUCGGCCCCGGUCAAGAUAAUACCGGACCUCUCAGAGGAUGAGCUCAACGCCGCAGCCCUCGAGGUUUUCGUCUACAAGGCCGUCGACCAGCGCAUGAUCCGGUACCUUGCCGAUGCGGCCUUCAACGUCAUCCAGUGCGACCCGAGCAUGAUGCCGCCGCCCCCGACGACCGACCUGAGGUCAAGAGUCGCCUCCCCGCCGCAGACCCCCCCGCCGCGAGCAGUUCGGUCCGAAGACGGCGGCCUGCCCUCCCUCCAAGAGUUCAUCACUCAACUCGUCAUCUCGUCUAACGUGCAGGUGCCGACUCUCAUGUCGACGCUUGUUUACCUCAACCGCCUCAAGUCGCGGUUGCAGCCCAUGGCCAAGGGCCUGAGGUGCACCACACACCGCAUCUUCCUGGCAUCUCUGAUCCUCGCCGCCAAGUACCUAAACGACAGCAGCCCCAAGAACAAGCACUGGGCAAGCUACAGCAACAUCCACACGAGCGCCUAUAGCUUCGGCUUCACCCGCACCGAGGUCAACCUGAUGGAGAAGCAGCUGUUGUUCCUGCUGGACUGGGACCUGCGCAUCAGCGAGGAGGACCUGUACCGCGAACUGGACCACUUCCUGUCGCCUCUUCGCAACGAGAUUAGGACUCGCAACGCCCGUCGUGCCGAGAAGAUCCAGCGCCAGCUGGAUGAGGAGGCCUGGAUCGCGGUGGCCAAGAACUCUGCCGCCAGCUCUUACAUCUCUCCUCCUUCGUCGCGAGACACCUCCCGCUCGCGCAGCAACUCGGACCGCGACGUCUCGCCUCCUGGUCUCUACAGCAGCAGCUCCUCAUACGCCGGAUCAACCACGAGCCGCGCAACCACGCCCGACGACCUCGACUCGGAGCCGCAUCCGUACAUCUACAACUGCCCCGAGGAGUUGUACGACCCGCCGGUUGAGGUCAUCAUGGAUCGGCCAUCCACGACCAGCGGCAAGCAGCUUCUGCCUUACGAGAUCAGCGCCGAGGAGAUGCGCAGCCUCGAGGAUGGCAGUCGUGUCACCGUCAAGCGCAUGCGAGGCAUGCUUGGACGCGUUUUUGGAAAUAAUGGGUCCGCGGCUGUUGUGGGACGAUAA